AUGCGCGCUCUAACCGGACUUUAUUUGUCCACGGCCUGCUGCCUAUUCGGCCAAACACUCGCUUGGGAUCAAAAACCCGACGGCUACGAGGUGAUCGACGGUCCCGAUGGCCCCGAGUCCGUGGACGCAUGGCGUCGUAACUGGACCGCCUGGAAGAAAAUGGAGCUGAUCACCAACCGGUACAACCCGAACGACUCGUUCAACGUGUACAACAUCCAGCAAACUCAAUGGACGCAGCAGAAUUCCGUGCAGACGUUUAUUAUGAUGAACGACCGCUCCAUCUACGAUCGCGAGACCAAGCAAUACACGGUCGACAAGGACGUGGAUGAGAUGCAGAGUCGUGUUGGCCCCAUUGACAGUGUGUUGAUCUGGCCUGCAUACCCGAACAUCGGUGUGGACAACCGGAGCCAAUGGGAUCUCCUACGAGACCUCCCCGGUGGAGUCGAGGGCGUCAAGGGCGUCAUCGCUGACUUCCAUCGUCGAGGUGUCCGUGUGAUCAUCCCGUACAAUCCAUGGGAUAUUGGAACUCGUGACGAGUCUGGACUGGUAGAAAUGGUACGCAUGUACAACGCCGACAUCACGACACUAACGGAGACGACCCCUGAGCUACUAGCGGACGGCUUCAACGGUGACACCAUGUACGGCGUUCCCAAGUCCUUCUACAACUGUAGUAACCCUUUAGUGGCAGCUCCCGAAGGUGGUGUACCCACUGCAUAUCUGAGCCAUAACCCGAUGAGUUGGGGGUACUUCUUCGGGUAUUCUCAUUUCCCACCCGUGGCACGUGCCAAGUUCCUGGAGUCGAGACAUAUGGUGCAGAUCUGUGCGCGUUGGUCUCUCGAUCGAACCGCCGAGUUGCUGACUGCUUUCUUCAAUGGCGCCGGGUACGUGGUGUGGGAGAAUGUAUGGGGUACCUGGAAUGCCAUGACCGAGCGUGAAGAUGAGACUGCCAAGAGAAUGUUUGCCAUUCUACGCAAGUUUGGAACUAUCGUCUCGACGGGUGCAUGGACUCCGUACUACGCCAUGAAGAGCGAUGGGCUGUUCGCUAGUGCUUUCACUCUGAGCAGUGAGUCGCUUUACACGGUGAUCAGUACUGUGCAGAAAGACAUGACCAGCUUAUCCGCAGUAGCAGUAGCAAUACCUCGACGUCCUCGGAAAGCUCUCGACGGUAUGGUGCGUGUGUCUGGAGCUGCCAACUGGUGGUUCAAUGUCAGUGGCGUGCAGAUCGAACCCGUGUCGGCCUGGACUCCGAAUUUCGCUCAAUACGGAACGGGAGUGCAGUUUCCCUGGGAGAAUCGUCCAUGGAACAACCACUCGACGAGGCUGUUGGUCCAGGAUUUUCUGAUCGAUAAGCGUCCUGUGACCAACGCUCAAUAUUCGGCCUUCCUCAAGGCCAGUGGCUACAGUUUUAAUUCGCUGGACCGCUUUUUGCUGCACUGGGAGAACCGUCAAGGUGCUCCAGCGUCGUGGACUGUGUCUCCUUCCUUGGCACAUAGCCCUGUUGUGAAUGUUGCUCUAGAGAACGCUCAAGCGUAUGCCAAAUUUUACAGUAAGCGUCUUCCCCAUGACUGGGAAUGGCAGUAUGUUGCUUCCAACGGUGAUAAUUACUGUCAUACCCGCCUCCGGCUUGCUGAGCAAGCAAGCCAGAGAGCUCGGGUGCAAAGGCUCUGGCUUGCUUGCUCGCAACCAGAGGCCUCACGUCGCUGCUACCGUUCCAACAGCAGCAGUGACGAUGCAUUUAGUAGCAAUGAACAUGCAUAUAAGAGAAAAGAAAAGUAA